AUGAUGUUCCUGAUCAACCCCAUCUACGCCUCGGCCAGCAUCGCCUUCAUGCUGCUGCUGCUGCUGCUCAUCCACUACCUCAGCCCCACCUCCAGCUGGGGCUACAUCAGCCAGGCCCUCAUCUUCCACCAGGUGCGUAAAUACCUGCUGAUGCUGGACGUGAGGAAGGACCACGUGAAGUUCUGGAGGCCUCAGGUUUUGUUGAUGGUGUCGAACCCUCGCAGCAGCGUGGGACUCAUCACUUUUAUCAACGACAUCAAGAAAAGCGGCCUGUACGUCCUGGGACACAUCCAGCUGGGAGACCUCAGCUCGCUGCCCUCAGACCCGCUGCAGUCCCAGUACGACUCGUGGCUGUCUCUCGUGGACCAUCUGAACAUCAAAGCCUUCGUGAACCUGACUCUGGCCGACUCGGUGCGACACGGCGUCCAGCACCUGCUCUUCAUCUCUGGACUGGGUGGGAUGCGUCCAAACACUUUAGUUCUCGGUUUCUAUGACGACUGCUCUCCCCGGGACACUCUGACCGACCCUUCGCUCCUCUCCAGUCAGUCCAUAGACCUCUCCAACCCGUCCCAGGACUUGGAACGCCACUCCCCGCCGUUCCACUUUGCGUCUCUGCGCGGGCCGGCCGACAAAGAGGGCGGCGACGACGGCAAAGUCCUGACCCCCCUGGAGUACGUGGCCAUCAUCGCCGACGCCAUGAAGAUGUCCAAGAACGUGGUCCUGGCUCGCUAUUUUAACGACUUCGACCGCGGCGAAGCGUUGUCGCCUCAGUUCUCGCACUUCAAAAGCGCGGUGUUUAUCGACGUGUGGCCGGUGAACCUGCUGCGUCCCGACAGCAGCAACUAUGUGGACACAUGCUCGCUCUUCCUGCUGCAGCUAGCUUGCAUCCUCAACAUGGUAAGGGCCUGGCGCAAAGCUACCAUCCGCCUCUUCCUGUGCGUGGAGGAGGGGCGGAGCCUGCAGGGGGUGGAGCAAAAGCUGGGCCACCUGCUGAAGGAGCUACGGAUCAAAGCGCACGUCUAUCCGGUGUCGUGGGACCAGGAGGCCGCGCUGCACUGGCAAAGGCAAGGAGAUUUCAAACCGUCAGAAUCCUCGGAAAGCACCAAGCAAGAAGAAGAGGAGGAGGAGGAGGAAGAGUACGCUAACAGUUUCCCCAGCAACACGUCGCGGCUCUCCGACGAGUAUCUGGAGGCCGUGAACAGGCUGAUCCAGGAGCAGGCCAAACCUCCGGCCGCCGUGCGCUUCCUUUAUCUGCCGCGCCCGCCGGCAGACACGCGCCGUUACGCCUCGUACCUGCACCAACUGGAGCUGCUGACCAAAGACCUGGGACCGACGCUGCUCAUCCACGGAGUCACGCCGGUCAUCACCACGGAUCUGUGA